UUAUAUAAAAUUAACUGGACCUAAAUUUUUACCUACUAAUAAAAAAUCAAUUUGAAAGUGCAUCCUCAAUACUAGUAGUGUACUACUAAAAUAAAAGGAACUUGAAUUACUUGCUCCCAAUCUUUUUAUGAAUUCCUUCCACUCACCUAAAAACACACACAAAACAAAAUGGAAGAAAGAAGUGAUUCCUAUGCCGAAGCCCCAAAAUUAAGUCUAUCUUGGUCUACGCAACUUUAUAUUUCUUUCUUGACUGUUACAACUGACUUUGCAUGCCGCCCUAACGGCUCCGUCAACCGCCGUUUCUACAACUUCUUCGACCGCAAGACCAAACCCAAGGCCAACCCCGUUAACGGGGUCACCUCCAAAGACGUCAUCGUUGACGCAGCAAAAGACGUUUGGUUCCGCCUAUUCGCCCCCUCCUCUACCACCGCCCAUGAUGUCACCCUCCCCGUUGUCAUGUACUUCCAUGGUGGCGGAUUUGCAUUCCUCUCCCCAGCUUCCGUCGUUUAUGACGCACUCUGCCGAAGAUUUUGCCAUCAACUCAAUGCUAUCGUUAUCUCUGUCAACUACCGCCUUACGCCGGAGCACCGUUACCCUUGCCAGUACGAUGACGGAUUCGCAGCGAUGAAAUUCCUCGAAGAGAAUCCCUCGGUCCUGCCGGAAAAUGCUGACUUGGCAAAAUGCUUCCUCGCCGGCGAUAGUGCUGGCGCCAAUUUGGCGCACCACGUGGCAAUUCGGAUUACGCAAUCGGAGCUCCGAAGAGUCCGGGUCCUCGGUUUGCUCUCGAUCCAGCCGUUCUUCGGAGGCGAGGAGCGAACCAAGGCGGAGAUCCAACACGAUCGGGUGCCGCUGGUGUCGGUGGCAAGGACUGAUUGGAUGUGGAAGGCGUUCUUACCAAACGGGUCGGACCGGAACCACGGGUCAUGUAACGUAUCGGGUCCAAAUGCUUUGGAUAUUUCAGGGCUUAAUUACCCAAAUACCCUUGUGUUUGUGGGCGGGUUUGAUCCGUUACAGGAUUGGCAAAGAAGAUACUAUGAGUGGUUAAGGAAAUCAGGUAAAGCGGCUCAGCUAAUUGAGUAUCCAACUAUGUUCCAUGCCUUUUAUGUAUUCCCUAAUUUGCCUGAAUCUUCUCAAUUGAUCUCACAAGUCAAAGAUUUCAUCGCCAAUAGGGUGUCUAAUUCCGAAUAAUCAUUAGUAUCAUUAUUAAGUUGACUUUCUUCACAGUAUGCUUAAAAGUUUAUUAAUUUUCUCUACUAGAGACAAUGCUUGAUACCUGUCAUAUGGUAUUAAAAAUAAGACUAAGAUUAAAAUUAAAGUCUG